AAAAUGAUAUGAGAUUAGGACGAAUUCGAGCUAUAGUUUUAGCAAAUGAAAUUUUAAAACUAAAGAUUCAAAAAAUUAUUAAAUUUGAUAAAGUUCCAAAAAAUAUUCAAAGCAGCAACCGGCAAGUUAGUUCUCAAUCAGAAGAGGUAUGGCUAGUUGAUCAAGUUAUUAACUUGGUCAACAAGCAAGAAGUCAUUGGGCAUGCAAGUAUUACUAUCUUAUCUAAUAACAAAGAACAUUAUUCUUAUUAUAUAAAUGAGAUUAUUUAUAAGUUUAAAGGCCAUUAG